UUCCCAAAAAAUAACACCGCGAUGGUUCGUAUCGAGCUGUGUUAUGGAGCUAGAUUUACACUUCAUGUACUGGUGAUGUGAAGAUGUAUUUUAAGGGUUGCUAUGGAAGCAAUUCGUGCUCGUCGUUUUCUGCCGUUUGGUUCUUCAAGUUCAGCGGAAACCGUCAAACUCAGAACACGGAAAUCCAAACUGUACCGGAAGGAGAAUAACGCGGUCUCGCGCAUGCACAGUCUCUUCGGGGUCAGCCUCGUGCUCUUCUCUGUGGUUUUCCGUCUUGUCAACUGCCUCCUGGUCCAGACCAGCUUUGUCCCGGAUGAGUACUGGCAGUCGCUUGAGGUCUCCCACCGGAUGGUCUUUGGAUAUGGCUACGAGACAUGGGAGUGGAAGGAAGGCAUUCGGGGGUACUCCUACCCGCUGCUGUUCGCUGUAAUUUAUAAAAUCCUCCAUCUUCUGCACUGCGAUACGGUCGAGCUUCUGAUCCUGCUACCCCGAGUCCUUCAGGCGCUUCUCGCCGCGCUCGCUGAUGUAAAGCUCUACGACAUCGCUCGCAAGUUGGAGAAUCCAGAAGCGGCCAAAUGGACAUAUUUUUGUCAGCUGUGCUCCUGGUUCACAUGGUACUGCUCCACUCGUACACUCACCAACAGCAUGGAGGCCACACUUACCAUCCUGGCGCUCAGCUAUUACCCACUGCAUGGCACCAGGACACACCACAGCUGGAAGUACCUCUCGCUCGUCUCCCUGGCCAUUAUCGUUCGACCGACGGCUCUGAUCGUGUGGCUGCCGCUGCUGCUUCACCACCUGUGGCGUGAGGAAACCAAGCUGAAGCUCAUCACUCAGCAGGGACUUCCUGUCAUGGCAGUCACUUUGGCGGUUUCUACACUUAUAGACUGCAUAUUUUAUGGAAAGUGGACUUUUGUCCAGUGGAACUUCCUGAAGUUUAACGUGCUGUACAACGUGGCGAAGUUUUACGGGACACACCCCUGGCACUGGUACCUCUCUCAGGGCUUCCUGGUGGUGAUCGGACCGCACCUGCCCUUCUUCCUGCAUGGCUGCACCCUCGCCGCCAAGAGACACAGAGUCCUGCUCAUGAGCAUUGCGUGGACACUGAUCGCGUACAGCUUUCUCGCACACAAGGAGUUCCGCUUCAUCUACCCCGUGUUACCCCUCUGCAUGGUCUUCUGUGGUAUUUCCCUUGUGAAGCUGCGUUCCUGGAGAAGGCCUGCUACGGGAGCUCUGCUGCUCUUAAACCUGCUCCCGGCACUCUAUACAGGUUUAGUUCACCAGCGUGGAGUCCUGGACGUGAUGGGUCGCCUGCAGCACCUGUGUGACCUCAGAGACUCUCACCACUCACCUGAGCCGCAUGUGCUGUUCCUCAUGCCCUGCCACUCCACUCCCUUUUACAGCCACCUUCACUGUCCAAUCAGACUCCGCUUCCUGGAAUGUCCCCCAGAUCUCAGCGGAGACCCAGAUUAUGUAGAAGAAGCGUCCCUGUUUUACACAGAUCCACUCAGCUGGCUCAGGACGUCAUUCCCAAACAGCUCCACACUUCCCUCACAUGUGGUCUUGUUCCAUCCACUCGAGAAGGAAAUUUCCACAUUCUUGGAUGAAAACGGAUUUGUAAGGAAAUCUGAAUUUUUCCACACACAUUUCCCUGAGGGACGGCUAGGAAAGAGGAUUUAUAUCUAUGAGCAAUAACGCAAACCCCUGGCGGCGCACACGGAAUUAACACACUAUUGUUUUUUUUUGUUUUUUUUUAAUAUGUAAGAUUAAUAAUAAAUGUGUGCCGUUUCUAAUUAAAUACCUGUUUUGUAAAAUA